UUCCCGCGUCAGACAACAGAUGUGAAUGGAACAGAGAGGGGCUAUAUGACUGGGGGACAGAGCGGGGUGGUCACAGUCGGCACGGCUUCAUUGUCAUAACAGUAACCAACGUGCGUCUGUUUAUCAGCGAAACCGGUAACGUGAGAUAGCAGUGAACGAUCGCCACUUCUGUAGUACCAUCAACAUGGGUGACGAAUACGAAGUCAUAGACGAGGAACCUAAAGUCGAAGUUGAGAAUGGUACCAACCAAGGCGUUCAACUUAAAAAACAACUGGGACUUUUUAAUGGAGUGGCUAUUAUUGUUGGAAUUAUCAUCGGCAGUGGGAUAUUCGUGUCUCCAAAGGGGGUGUUACUGGAAGCAGGAUCUCUCGGCAGUUCACUCAUCAUUUGGGGACUGUGUGGUGUUAUUUGCCUGAUCGGUGCCAUUUGUUAUGCCGAACUUGGAACAAGCAUUUUGAAGUCUGGAGCUGAUUAUUCUUAUAUCUUUGAGGCAUUCGGUGACAUGCCGGCAUUUCUUUAUCUAUGGGUUGCCAUAGUUAUUAUCAUUCCAACCGGCAAUGCCAUUACGGCAAUGACUUUUGCAAACUACAUCCUUCAACCAGCUUUUCCAGAUUGCGGACCGCCGGACACAGCGGUCAGUCUACUGGCUGCUCUAUGUAUCACUCUUCUUACGUUUAUCAACUGUACGAAUGUGAAAUGGGCCACCCGAACACAGGACAUCUUCACAGCCACGAAGGUGCUAGCCCUCGUCAUCGUCAUCAUCACUGGUAUGGUCAAGCUUGGCAUGGGGUCAACCGAAAGUUUUGAAGCACCGUUUUCAGGCUCUACGUCGGAUCCCAGCAAAUUUGCCUUGGCGUUCUACUCAGGGUUAUUUUCCUACUCAGGAUGGAGUUAUUUGAACUUUGUCACGGAAGAACUGAAAGAUCCAUACAAAAAUCUACCACGUGCCAUCUGGAUCUCGCUGCCGAUGGUGACUGUCAUUUACCUAAUGGCGAACGUUGCAUACUUCUCCGUGAUGACGCCUGCGGAAAUGUUGCAGUCGGAUGCAGUAGCUGUCACUUUUGCAAAUCGUACUCUGGGAGUUAUGGCAUGGAUUAUGCCUGUAUUUGUGGCCUGCUCAACGUUUGGUGGGCUCAAUGGUGCAAUCUUCACAUCUUCUAGGUUAUUUUUCGUGGGAGCUCGUCAAGGUCAUCUGCCUGGUUUCCUAGCAACCAUUAGUCUGAAGACGAUGACACCAUUGCCUUCAUUGCUGUUUGGGUGCAUCAUGUCUCUAGUGAUGUUGUGCAGCAACGAUGUGUAUGCUUUAAUCAACUACGGGUCAUUUGUGGAGUCACUCUUCAUUGCACUCUCUGUGGCUGGCCUGCUGUUUCUCAGAUAUACCCGUCCAAAUAUGGAACGUCCAAUCAAGGUGAACAUCUUCUUCCCCGUGUUCUUCUUAUUGAUCUGCCUGUUCCUGCUGAUUACGCCACUGACGUCCAGCCCCAUGGAGUGUCUGAUGGGCCUCGUGAUGAUCGCCACGGGGAUCCCCGUCUACUUCCUGGGGGUCAUGUGGAAGAAGAAACCACGGGCGUUUACAUCAAUGCUGAGAUCAUUUACUAGGUUUACACAGAAGCUCUUCUACGCUGCGCGAGAGGAGCUCAAAGAAGAUUAAACAUCAGCUUCCCCGAGUCUCAGUAGUCAUGUUCUUAGCUUCUUUCAAGUAGUUUGUGUGGAUUAACAGGUUAUUGGACAGGUUCAUCAUUAAAGUGGUACUCCACUAAUUCUUACGCAUUAAUAGAGAGAAUGUGUGCAUUGUAUGAUGGGGUGUGGCAAUAUAUCAUAUUUCAAAGUUGCACAUUUUUUCUGCCAAGAUAGCCGAGGUUAGCAGCGCCAAACAGGAUUUUAUGAACCAACGCCAUUACAUAUAUGUGGGGUUUCUCCCACAUUUUAGGAACAAAUUCCAGAAAAUAUUUGAAAUACCAUUUUGCCUGAGGGAUUAAAGAAUAGAAAAUACAACAUGUUCCCAGCACAUGCAAUGGUGUUUGAAAUGCGUUAGUAUAUUUCUUCGGGAGUCUUGACCAAAAUUUUAACUUGUUUAUGGUUUUAAUAACUGCCUUUUUAUCAAUUUUCUAUGUUAUCAGAGUGCUUAUUGAAGUGAAUAUGGUACCUUUGUUUUACCCUGAUUUGUCCUGCUCGAAGUUGAAUGGCAAGCCUGUCUGGCCGUCUUUGGUGACAUCUUGAGUCCACUGAAGAUAUAAUAUCAGUAGAUUAUUUUACCAUUUAAAUAUUUGUAUUUCCUAACUAAAGAGUCCUUCUUGUGACCUCACAGUAUUCAGUCUACAUACAAAUACACAAGAUACACAAAUCUGAUUGGCUGGGGUUGGGGAAUACCCCCUGUGGGAUUCCCAUGUUAUUUUUAGUAACUCAAGUCAAUAUCAUACACAAGAUCUAUAUACAUGUAUGUGUUUCUGUAGACUGCUCUCAAGUGAACAAAAUGUUGAAUGGUAUCUGUUGAUGCUGUCUAUAAUGUCAUGAAUGUGUUCUUUGAUGUCUGACUGAUCAAUUCUUGUUAUGGUGCUUGUAAACAUUCAUGCAGAUUCUGAGGGUUGUAAUCCUUUGUCUGUGACAAUGAUCUUGUAAUAGUUAUUUUGUUUGAAUGUUAAAAUUGACCCUCAAAGGAUAUGAUGUCACUGUCAGUAUAUUGAUGCUGUUUGUGUUCAUAUGUCAGUUUGGUUAUUUUUUCCUGUAAAAAAGUCUUGGUUUUUU